CAGCUGUCAACAUUGGAGACGAAAAUAGUGAAAAAAAAUACAAAAACCGUGUCAGGUGGAAGGUUAGAAAAUCGUUGUGAGUUUGUUGUAACUACCAAAGCUCACGAAAUGAAAUCGAACGAAGUGAACAAACUAGGCACGCCUAAUCUUUUCGUAAGUUCACUCUGGCUGUUCCUGCAUACCGUCUUCACCUGGAUUGAGUAUUUGUUGCGGUUGCUUCGACGGUGCCGGAAAGCCAUCUAUCACAUCCAGCCGCUCGGAACAGCUAUUGCAUCUUACCGCGUGAAACAAUCCCAACAGUACGUGAAGUCGCAGCUUCAGACGGUCGCAAAAAUUCCAACCCAUCUCGUUGUGUUGCUGGGUCCUGAGCAGCCUGAUUAUCAACGAUUAUCGCAGUUUAUUUACUGGUCGCAUGCAGCUGGUAUUGCGUACGUUAGUUUCUACGACCACAAUGGUACUAUUAAACGUAAUCAUGAGCAAAUCAAACGAUGUGUAAACGAAUCACCAUUAGAAGAGAAAACUCACAUCCGUUGGUUGGAUCACAAUCACGAAUCGCUCGAUACGGAGAGGGUGCCGUCUAAUCGGACACGGACGCUCGUGAGCUUUCUUUCGCCGGAGGACGGUAAACAAGGGCUGGUAAGCCUGAGCCGCUCGAUUGGUGAAUCCGUCCGGCGUCGGGAUCUGUUUCCGUCCGAUGUGAGCAUCGAGUUUUUAGACAGUCGGCUACAAGCAUCGUCCGGGUAUGUGCCCGAUCCGGAUUUAGCGAUUUACUUCGGUGAAGUAUGUUCCACGUAUGGGCUGCUGCCGUGGCAGAUACGGUUGACAGAAUUUAUGCAGCUUGGCUGGUGCCUGGAGGACAGCAACGAGCAUCAUUUCGUCGAUUGUUUGCUGCGGUUUGCGAAAUGUGAGCAACGGUUGGGAACGUAGAUGAAGAUCGUUAUUGCAUCAGCAGCCGAUUUUAGAAAGGAAGAUAAAAGUCAAUACCAUUUUAAGACAACUUUAGCGCCGGUAGUGUAAACAAAACAAUCUAAUGUCGUAAAGCUGUGUUUAAAACAAUGUAAUAGCAUUUAAAAUUAAGCAUAUUGGUUGUAUAGCGUUGAUUGAAAGUAAAGGAAAAAUUUACAUCACGUACAACAACUCGUUUUGUGAAGAUUUUUUCUAUAAGUCACGAAAUAUAGCAAUUUACAACAUUUUUAAAA